UCCUUUCUCUUCACAUGCAUUUAUUUCCCGUCCCUUUUAAACAAAAAGAACUUUGAACUAGUGCUCCUCUUUCGUCUAAACUUUAAACUAUUCCCUCUUGUUUUGUUUUCUUCUUUUAGUUUAACCGGCCUCUUCAAAUCUCAAGCAUAUCUUUUAACCUUUUGCAUUUCAACCUGCUUUAUAUUAUAUAUCAUCUCCCCUUGAAGAAGCAAGCUUGUCUAGCUAAGACAAAACCACCCAUAGAAACAGAAAAAAAUGGGAGUGGCAGGAACUCUGGAAUACUUGUCUGAUUUACUAAGCAGAGCCAGAAAAGGCAAGAAGAAGAAGCAAAUACAAACUGUAGCUCUCAAAGUCAGGAUGGACUGUGAAGGCUGUGAGCGUAAGGUCAAGAAAGUACUCUCUGGGGUGAAAGGGGCUAAAUCUGUGGACGUGGACAUGAAACAGCAGAAGGUGACGGUGACGGGUUACGUUGAGGCAAAGAAGGUGUUGAAGGCGGCUCAGUCAACGAGGAAAAAGGUGGAGAUGUGGCCUUAUGUUCCAUACACACUGGUGGCUCAUCCUUAUGUUUCUCAGGCAUAUGACAAGAAGGCACCGCCUAAUAUGGUCAGGAGCGUUCCCAACACUGCCACGAUUAAGGAGACCACCGUGGAUGACGGCUACACCACUAUGUUCAGUGAUGACAACCCAAACGCCUGCUCAAUCAUGUAGAUCGAGCACGUACGUAAUAUUACAAAAUCUUUAGAAAAAGCAAUGAUUGUAAAGAAAAUAUAUAGUAGGCUAGCUAAUUUGUGUUUAAUUAAUUUGUAAUUUAUUAAUAGGAGGGUUUGAUCAUAAUAUAUGCUAGCAAUAUUUCUUUUUCUGAUUGAA